AAACUCAAUUUCUCUUCAAUCCACAGACAAAAAAAAUUAUUUCUUACCCGAAAAAUCCCCCUUUUCCCACGAUGAAGUCCCUUCGUGGCGGCAUCCAGUGCAUUUUAUCGCAAGGCAGCAGUGACAGUUCUCAAGACAGCCAAAAAUCGCAAGCAAUUCCGACGGCGCUCAUCAAGGAAGAUUGGCAGCUCAUCUUAAACCAAGACGCAUCCAUCGAAGAACUCCGUUCAGCUGUGGAAAAAUGCAAAGAACUCGUUUUGAAGACGGAAGAAUGCAGCUACGAGCGAACUUGGAUUGUUCGGCAUUUGUGUGAACUUCGGCUGAGGCUUCAGGAGUUGGUUGAAAUCGAAAAUGAUCCAAACGAGACGUCGGAAAGUGCGAGAGUUGUGUUGGGACAUCAUUUUAUUCCGCGCCAUUUGAAGGAUAAUGUGCUUGGAAGUACAAAGGUAAAAUACUGCGAUUUCUGCACCGGAAUCAUCUGGAAUGUCAUUCAAGCGUCUUUCUUCUGUGUCGACUGCCAAUACAUCGCUCAUGCUCGUUGUGUCGAUCACGUGACUCGCAUUUGCGCCAACAUUACCGCUUCCGAACGCGUUUUUCCCGAAGAACGUCUCCGUCCCGAGACCGGAAUGCACAUGCAAGCCUACAAAUGCGCCGACUGCAAAAGCAACUUCCAACUGACGACACAAGACGAAGCUUACGACAUUUCGCCGCGUCUCUGCGAAUACUCAGGCAACUAUUUUUGCCCGUGUUGCCAUUGGAAUGACGUCUCCAUCGUCCCCGCUCGCAUCACACACAAUUGGGACUUUAAACUUUAUCGCGUCUCCCGUUCGGCGUUGCAAGAAAUAAAUUUAUUCAUGGAACGCGCCGUCAUCCGAUUGGAAGAAAAAAACCCGAAACUCUUCAUUUUCGUGCAAGCGCUUUGCCAAACGAAAAAAUUGCGACACAACUUGUCGAUUAUGAAGAAAUAUCUCACGGAAUGUCGUUUUGCGACAGAGAAAAAAAUACUCGACAACGAACUUGGCAUGAAACGACAUUUGGCACUUUUUCCCGACGUUUACAGCAUUCAGGAUCUCGUAAAUGUUCACAACGGGUCGUUGCUGGAUCAACUUCACAAGAUGUCGAUUGCGUUUGAACAGCACAUCAGAAAUUGCGAAAUUUGCAAAGGCAAAGGGUACAUUUGCGAGAUUUGUGGGCACAACGAACCGCUUUUUCCCUUCGACGAUGGCGGAAAUUUUUGCCAAAAAUGCAAUUCGAUGUGUCAUCGGAGCUGUUGGAUGCGAAAAGAGGAAAAAUGUAAAAAGUGUGAAAGGCUGCAGAAGAGAGCCGUUGAGAAAAGUGCGAGUCAGGAGGAACAAGAAGAAAUUGAAUUAGCAAUUGAUGCAACUUCUAAAUAAUUUAAAGCAGCUUUUUAAUCAAAGACGUAAUUUUAUGGGAUUUUUUUAUAUUUAAAAAAAAAUAUUUUUUGAAUAUUUUCAUGAAAUAAUUUUGACAGGUUUUAAAAUUUUUAAUAAA